AUGAGUGCUGAUUUAUUGCUGUCCGCUGCGGUACGGAUGCUGCUCCUGACGGUGGCAGCGGCAGUGCCGGAUGCCGGAAAUGAUUCGAUAAUCGACCAACCGCUGCUGACCGAUGCAUUUGAGGCGAACAAUAGUUGUUGUGUGUUGGAAGUUGAAAAUGGAACGUUGCUGCUCGGAAAUGCGACCGGUGCGAAACUCGGUGGCAAUAACCAGAGCCUGGUGGCCCACCUGCUGGAGGCCGGCCGAUUCCAAAUUCCUCUGUACAGUGUAAUCUUUCUACUGGCUGUGAUAGGCAAUUCGCUCGUUAUCCUCACUUUGGUGCAAAACAAACGGAUGCGAACGAUUACCAACCUGUUCCUGCUCAAUCUGGCUGUGUCGGACCUGUUCCUCGGAGUGUUCUGCAUGCCGUUCACCCUGGUGGGAACGCUGCUGCGGGAUUUCAUCUUCGGGGAGGUCAUGUGCAAGCUGCUGCCAUAUCUGCAAGCCUCUUCAGUGGCAGUGUCAGCUUGGACUUUAGUGAUAAUUUCGGUGGAACGUUACUACGCCAUCUGCCAUCCGCUGCGAUCCCGCCGCUGGCAAACGCUGAGCCACGCGUACCGCCUGAUCGCACUGAUCUGGUGCGGCAGUUUGUUCUUCAUGCUGCCGAUAGCCGCCCUCAGCAAGCUGAUCCCAACCAAUCAGGGCCAUCACAAAUGCCGGGAACUGUGGUUCGACCGUGGCUACGAGCGAGCUUACAAUCUGUUUCUGGACGUGAUACUGCUGGUGCUACCGUUGGCCAUCCUGGCCGUGACGUAUUCGCUGAUAACGCGAAAUCUGUGCCGUGGAAUGCCGCACGGGUUCAAGCGGUACGGGAAAACGAUUGGCUCCUGCCGAGACCAUCAGCACCAUCAGCACCAUCACCAGCAGCAACGUGAGCAGCAGGAAGCAGACAAUGGAUUGGAUAGAAGUAGCACUCGAAGUAGGCGCCGCUGGCGCUCGCAAGGCGCUCGGAAUAAUAACAAUAAUCGAGCGGCCGCGCCGGAUCAGUAUAUGGAGGUGUACAUUCGUCCCAACGGUAGCACCAGGAUCCGCUGUCCCUCGCUCAAGUGCCAUCGACCACCAUCAUUAGCUGCUACCAGCAGAACGGGAGAUAAACAAGCGACGGGAAAGGAAAUCAAUACGUCGUCGUUUAACAAUUGUCCCGGAUCGGGUGGUUGGAGUCAGCACACGGCGACGACGAUGACAACGACGACGAUCCAGUGGCCCCCGGAGCAGCAGGACCUACAGUCGCAGUCGCACUCCUCCUACCGUAGCUACUCGCCGGCCUCGACCAGUCCCGGGGAUCGCUCGGGGACCGGCACCGCCGGAGACGUCCUAAACGGACGCGAAUCAGUGCGGAUCAAGAAUCCAGCCUUGCGGAAAUCCAACAUGGAGAAGAGCCUGAUGAACAAAAAGCGCAUCAUCAAGAUGCUGUUCGUGGUGGUGCUCGAGUUUUUCAUCUGCUGGACGCCACUGUACGUCAUCAACACAAUGGCCCUGUUCUGGCCCAGCACGGUUUACCACAAUCUGGGCUACACGGCGAUCAGCUUCUUCCAGCUGCUGGCCUAUUCAUCAUCCUGCUGCAAUCCGAUAACCUACUGCUUCAUGAGUAGUGGCUUUCGGAAGGCUUUCCUGAAUCUAUUCCGCUGCUUUCGGUUGUUUCGCAGCGGAGCGGACAGUGGCGUUGUUGGCAUAAGCCGUGGUGGAAUGUCUAGCCGGGCGAAUCGACGGGCGAGCGGUAUGUGCAGCCGGUACGUCAGCGGACUGGGGACGGCUUUGCUGGCCGGUGGCGGCAGCGGCAGCGGCAGCAGCAGCAGCAGAAGACGAAACCAUUCCUCCUCCGUCCGGACGAUGAUAACGACGCCUGCGGCGGAAGGAAUGACCACACUGGACAGCAGCGCCGUUCUCAGUACACAAUAGCAAACGGCACGAGGUAACGUCUAGUUGACUUGUUGAUCUGUUGCCAGCGGCAACGAUGAGCG